GUGGAAUGAGGGCACGGCGUUAUAUACGGCCACCUCCUUCCCCGACCGCGUUAUUUUGUCUUUCCUUCUGUCGCCAUCAUCGUCCUGACUCACUCUUGACGUCGUCCACAACGUUGGACUCUGCCUAAAUGCCGGCUUCAAGCCCAUACACACACGAUCCCACUGCCCAGUCCUCAUCGGGCAGCUUGGUCAACCGACACAAGCGUCGCGGUGUCGCCCUUUCGUGUGCAGAAUGUCGGAGGUUGAAGCUCAAGUGUAGCCGUCAGUUCCCCUGCAGCAAUUGCGUGAAGAAGGGGUGCUCGGCCAUCUGUCCCGACGGGUCUCUCACCACGGGAAAGGGUAACAGAUUUGUUCUGGCCAACACCGAAGUUCUGCACGACAAAAUUAACCUACUCGCCAACCGCGUUCGAGCUCUCGAAGACGCCCUUGCACAGUCCCAUUCGCUCAACUCGAACGGUGUACAUCCUCUCCUCACUGAAGAGCUUUUGCAAAUCAAACGACCACUCGAACGGGAACGACCCGAUGAAGCGUCAAAGGAGGGGAAGAGCGAGGGUGGUGAGACAAUAGACGCACUCGGUUCUCUUUCCAUCUCUCAAAGCGGGAGGUCUACCUUCUUUGGCACUGCAGCGAAUUCUUGGUAUCUUCUCCAAAUCGAAGAAGGCUCUGACGAAGAAGAAACGUUGUCCUCCCAAUAUGCACCACAUAUGCCACAGGAUCUUCCUUGGCUGAGCCAUGGCUUCCCCUUUACAUCCGCCGUAAACAAGACGUCGGAAGCCGUCAGGGCCUCGAUAACUAGUCACCUUCCUGCACCUGCCGCUGCUAAACGCAUAGCCAACUUGUACUUCCGCCAUGCUGCAUGGAUGUAUACACCUAUUUCUGAACAAGAUUUUUAUUCCAACGUUCUUCCAGAAGUAUAUAAUACAGAGGAAACAUACCGUGACUCGGUGUCGUCACAUACUCUCUCCGUUUUUUUCAUGGUUCUUGCUUUGGGCACCCUUCUCGAUCUGGACCUGCCUGCACACUCUCCCGAGUCGAUGCAGUAUUUCCAGAUAGGCCGAGCGGCCUUAGCCUUGGAUUCCGUUCUCGAAGAGCAGUCGAUCACAGCGUUGCAAGCCCUGCUUCUCAUGUGCCACUUUAUGUUUCUAUCAGACAUGGCUGGUCCGCGCUGGGUGCUUAUGGGCAUUGUUGUAAAAGUGGCGCAAAGUAUCGGUCUUCAUCGUGACAGUGGCAAAUGGAAGCUCGACCCCGAAGAGACGCAGAAACGAAGACAGCUCUUCUACGAAAUUCUCACCUACGACUCGUGGCAGAGCUUAACCUUCGGUCGCCCUCCGUCGCUGUCUAUGGUCCACAUCGACAGUAAACUGCCCAAUGAAACUGUUACCACGCCCACUGGCGAUGUUGAGAUGACAUUCGCUGCAUGGAAGCAUUCGUUCUCUGCGGAAUGCUUGAGCGUCGUCCACGAUCAGGCGUUUGGGACAAAGGCGCCGAGUUAUUCUGUGAUCCAAGAAUUGGAUACCAAAGUGCGGAACUGGUAUGUCCCACCUAGCCUUAUGGUCCCCGGGUUCGGAAACUCGAAGAUCAGCGGGGAAGUUGAGCAGCCGUCCAUCGAACUAACGAUGCAACGGUAUACUGCAUUUGCAAUCCGGGAAAUUACACUCUUCUACAUGCACAGAGGCUUUUUCGCGCAAGCACUGGAGGACAAUCCGAAUGAUCCGAUGGGCAGCAAGUAUGCACCCUCUGUGCUAGCGGCGUACCGGAGUGCGAUGACCUUCGUCGCAUUGAUCGAGAGUUUAUUCAAGCAGCACCCUCAGCUAACUGAGCGCAUGUGGUUUUUAUUCACGCACGUCUUUUCAUGCGCGAUCGUCCUUGGUUCAAUUGCUGUCAAAUCUCGAAUGCAGUUGGCUCCUUCUGCCCUGACGUAUCUGGAUCUGGCGUAUCAGCUCUUCGAUCAAGUUUCGGAUACGACGCGAACAAGCAAGAUCUUGCCUAUACUGCAGAAAAUGAGGGAUCGCGCCCAAACCGCGCUAUCAGGUGCCGCUUCGAAUGGCGCCAACGGGGCCCUUCCAAACGACCCAGCAUCAAGGCUCGCAUUUUUCAGUCCUCCCAUCAAAACCGAGGAGACAGAAAUGACGAUGGAAUUAUCCGCCCUUGGAGGGAUGACACGACUUGUUGCGCGGCGUACUACCCCAUCAUCGCCCUCGUGUUCCACCUCGAACCCAUCUUCUCCAUCACAACAGCCUUCUUCCCCGCCGAUAUCAGCUCAAACGAACGUCAUGUCCCCAUAUACCCCACUUUCGGAUGCCAGCUCGUCCUCCUCCUGGCAAAAUUAUACCCAUAUCCAAAAUCUCAACGUCAAUAUCAACGUUGGAGAUUAUGCUUCGUACUCUGGGCCCUCCGGGGCUAGCUCGCAAUCCCCAAUGGGAUAUGGUGGAUAUCAUCAACACCAGCAGGCACAACACCAUCAACCCUCGUCUGGACUGACCCAGCCCCAUCCGCAGCAACAGCAGCAAAGCCACAUGCAGCAAAACGGGAUGGGUAUUGAGGCGAUGGCGGAGUACUACCCCUAUAAUGGAUACCCCAUGCAAGCUAUGAUGAACCAAGGUGAAUGCCCUCCGAUUAAUGACAUGGACUACCCAUGGCACAACCUUGUUGCGCAAACGCAGUACAAUUGCAAAUGA